UGGAUCGUGUACCAAUCAGUCAGAGUAACGCUUCCAACGCGCAAGGAUGAACCAUCGAGUGCAUUUCGUUUUCGCUGCCCUAGUGGCGAUCGCCACGAUCAUUACCGGCACCGUCGCUCACCGCCAUUGGAAUAAUAAUAAUUAUAAUAAUAAUUUCCACCAUGGCCGUCACGAUGGUAAUCAUCACCAGCACAAUCAUCACCAUCAUCACCAUCACCGACACGGACGCUGGCACCCAUCCGUAGUACCGACGUUUGAGAUCUACGAACCGAAAGGCCUCGAAGUGUAUAUCGCGGAUCGCAAUCAAACGGCGCAGUACUUUGCGAUCGCCGUCUACAUCAACGCCGCGAACACAUCCGAUGACGUACCGGCAGUUUUGCAAAACACGAGCACCGUUGUGUAUGGUAAGUUCAUUGUGCAAGACUCGUCAGUGAUCAUCAAACCGGGAGACAUCGUGUCCUACAAAGCUCAAAUAGGAUAUCAGAAUGGCAAAAACACAACCCUCGUGCAUCGUUUCAUCGUGAGAUACGAUAUGAUCAGGAAGAACUGUACGUGCGAUGAAGGGUCUCCAUCGCCUGCCUUCCCUACAACCACGGAAGUGCCCUAUAUUCCUUCAACACGAGCUCCCGUCGCACGACCUACCUCGACAUCAACAAUUGAUGAUUUUUAUGAUGAUCGUAACGAAGAUCAGUACGAGUGUGAGAUCGAUCCUCACACCAACCUCUGCAAGUCGAAUUUGCUGAUUGACCAACGUGCUUCGUCGGAUAAGUUGGAAGCUGCGCCAUCGGCCAACCGUGAACGUCAAGUGCUGGAAGGCAUCAUCGAUUAUUUGCAGAGUCAGUGUGCACUGGAAUCUAGGACCAACUAUAUGACACUCGCGCUGUCCUCGCAGGAUGAGUCACUAGUGUCGGACCCUGUGCAGUACGUACAGCAAAAGCUUUCCACGACGCGCGAACUGCAGCAGCUGGUGAAGCAGGGAGUGCGCCUAGCACAAUUGGAAUCCGAUGUUGUGUUGUUUGAGAUGAGAACGGCACUCGAUAAGCUGAAGUUGUUGUACCUCUGCAAGGAAGCCAACAUCCAGGCGGUUCGAGACUACGAUUUUUCAUCUAUGCUUGAGUUGGCAUAAGAGGGAGUGUUAGGAUAAGUGAACAUUGAUGCUUUGCAACACCGCAAGCACGUUUAACGCGCAUUGAAGCUGUCUUGUAAAAAAUUAAUAAAUGAUCGCUGAUUAUCUUGA